AUGGACGAUUUACUUAAAAAACUAAAUGUUAGAGGAUCUUGGUAUGGGGUACCACACAUUCAUGGGAGUUACUUACCAACUGGGCGUGUUGGACACACAGCUCACACUUUGUAUAUAAAAUCGGUGCAUGGGGGCAAACGGCCUUUGAUUAUUAUUACUGGUGGUGCAGAUCCCUCAUCAGUAUUUAAUGAGGCGCAUAUUCUGGAUAUAUCAUCGUGUAGAUGGCAUACUAUUAGUGUGUCGGAAGUAAUAGAUUUUCCAAGUUUGGGAAGAUAUGAACAUAGUAGUGCAUUAUUGUGCAACCAAGAGUUAUUGAUAUUUGGUGGUGCAACAAAAUCAGGUCCUUUAAAUCAAUUGCUCCGUUUACAUCUUGAUGAUCUUUCAGUACCAACAGCAAUAUCAACAGAGAACUCAUCAGUAUUUGAAAUUCAGUCAUUCACUGGAAGUAUAAAACAAAGCUGCAAUCACACUAAUCCUGCUUGUAAAUCGCGUACACAACAUUCAUCUGUUUCACUUACAGAAUAUGAUCAACUCUUAAUAUUCUCUGGUGGAGAUGUUGGCAGUCAGACAGUAUCAGAUGACAAAGUACAUAUGUAUGAUAGUGUAUUGGAUUCAUGGAUUGAAAUACCAGUUGAGGGUAUUUCACCUUGUUCACGGUUAGGUCAUUUAAUGCUUUAUGAAUCACCGUGUCAGCUGGACACCUCGAAUACUGAACAUCGUAUACCAAAAGGGAAAUUGUAUAUACAUGGAGGAAUGGCUGAUGAUGAACUAUUUGACGAUCUUUAUGCUUUACAUUUUGCUCAGUACGAUAAUGGUGAUGUACACUUUAAAGGUGUAUGGAGUAAAUUAUACCCUAAUAUUAAUGCUGACGCAAUGGACUCAAAUGAGAACUCAAAUACACCACAUCUCAAAUCUUUAGGUUAUAUUUCACCGGGUUCACGUGCUGCUCAUGGUGGAGCGAUUUUGACAAAUAAAAUCUAUGGGUCAGAUACGACUAAAAUAUUUAUAUUUGGUGGAUUUUCAACAACUGGAGCUUUAAAUGACAUGUUCUGCUUUGAUACAAAUCUGAAACAGUGGAGUGAAAUCAAGUGUGAGACAGUCACGUUGACAGUACAGAAGAAAAAUGCGAAAAUUAAAUUGGUGGAAUUGACAAGCAAUUCAUUAAAAGAUGAUCAAAGUACAGGUGAUACUAACGAAGAAGAGGAAAAAGAAGAAAGCAAUGACGAAGAAAAAAGUAGUAAUCAUCAUAACGUUGAUGCUUACUGUCAAGAUUAUUUCUUUAUCCAUGGUGGAAUGGAUACAGAAGGCAAAGUGUUCAAUGAUGCCUAUCUUCUUUUACUGUCUGAAUAUCAAAUAUCGAAUCCAAUGAAUUUUCAGACAAUUUUAAAUGAGUGUAAUUGUAAAAAUGUAUAA